UGGCUCCAUGCCCAGACAGGCUGAGGAGGAGGAAGUACCUCCAGCCCCCAGCCCUGGCUCCAUGCCCAGACAGGCUGAGGAGGAGGAAGUACCUCCAGCCCCCAGCUCUGGCUCCAUGCCCAGACAGGCUGAGGAGGAGGAAGUACCUCCAGCCCCCAGCCCUGGCUCCAUGCCCAGACAGGCUGAGGAGGAGGAAGUACCUCCAGCCCCCAGCUCUGGCUCCAUGCCCAGACAGGCUGAGGAGGAGGAAGUACCUCCAGCCCCCAGCUCUGGCUCCAUGCCCAGACAGGCUGAGGAGGAGGAAGUACCUCCAGCCCCCAGCCCUGGCUCCAUGCCCAGACAGGCUGAGGAGGAGGAAGUACCUCCAGCCCCCAGCUCUGGCUCCAUGCCCAGACAGGCUGAGGAGGAGGAAGUACCUCCAGCCCCCAGCUCUGGCUCCAUGCCCAGACAGGCUGAGGAGGAGGAAGUACCUCCAGCCCCCAGCUCUGGCUCCAUGCCCAGACAGGCUGAAGAAGAAGAAAUACCUCCAGCCCCCAGCCCUGGCUCCAUGCCCAGACAGGCUGAGAAGGAGGAAGUACCUCCAGCCCCCAGCUCUGGCUCCAUGCCCAGGCAAACGGAGCAACUAGACCCCUCCCCCUCCUCCACAGCAUGUGAGCCUGAGGGAGGUCAAUUGCCAACAGCUACAGACUGGAGUGACCCUCGCGUCAGAAGACUUGAUAGGCGGAGGCAACAGAAGGAAGGGAGGGGCAGGCCUGGAUAAAUGCUGAGUCAUGGAGCCACACCCCAUGGCCUAUAUAAAGGACCUGCUUUCUGGCAUUUUCUGAGUCAGGCAAAGUCUAAACAUAUCUUGCUGAAGUCACUUUCUGGUCUCCUGCCUGCCUUCAGGACUUUGCUAGGACUUUGGCAGAGCUGCAGAGGCACGCCUGAUUCGGAUUUCCCUGACCCGGCCGUCAGCGGAGGAGUGGGACACGACAGAAGUAGAAAGGGGUACUGGCCAUCUUAAGUCAGCUUUUACAAGUAGGGGUGGGGCUUCAAAAAUUUUUUAGCAAGGGGUUUCUCUGCCCGGUUGCUGGGUGGGCGUGGCCAUGGUGGGCAUGGCCUAGUCAGCCUCCUGCAUCACGGUGUGAUGGUGUUUUUGCCCUCCCUGGGCUCCAGGGGCUUUUCUCAAGCCUUCGAGAGGGCGAAAGCGGCUUCCCCAGGCUCCGGAGGCCCUCUGGAGGCUGGAAAUGGGCCCGUGUCUGGCCUUCCCAAACUUCCGAUAGGCCUGUUUUUUGCCCUCUCCGAGCCUCCGCGCGCACCCUGCACUUACCUGCAUCCAAAACAGGCCCUGUGGGGACUGCUGGGGGUGUGUGUGCGCAGUGGUGGGUUGCCCCCGGUUCGGACUUGUUCUAUAGAACCGAUAGUAAAGCCCGCAGGAGGCUGUGCCCACUGACCUGAACAUCAUCAAAAGUGAUUUGUGCACGCGCAGAAGAGCGCGUGAGUCGAGCGCACGCGGGCAGGCACGAUGUGAACCGGUAAUAAAGGUAAAUAGAACUCACCCCUGGAGGGGUGGGGUGGGCGGGGCCAGCCAGGAGUGGGAUUUGGGGGUUCUCUGAACUGCACAGAAUCUUAGCUAGAGGUUCUCCUGAACCCCUGCGAACCGCCCAGAAGCCCAUCCCUGUUUACAAGGUAGACCAGGCUAAGAAACCAAUACCAUAGAGAGGACAGGACUACUUUCAUUGUAUCAUCUACACAGGGGUGGGGAACUAUGUAGCUCCUUUAGGACCUGUAGACUUCAACUCCCAGAAUUCUUGCGGCUGAGGAAUUCUGGGAGUUGGAAUCCACAUGUCAUAAAGGGGCCAUAGUUCCCCAGCCCUGAUCUAUAGUAACCCAGUCUUGUGCAAGUCUGAAUAUGCUUUUCUUUCACACAUUCGCCAGUUGAAUUAGGCAGGGGCCUGCCUGAGAUGUUAAAUUUAUUUCUUGGAAUGGACUCAAGCCCCUGGACAGUGCCUUGGUAGUGGCUCUUCGUCCUGUUUCAAGGCCAUUCCCGUUUCUCUAUAAGCUUUCUGCUGUUCCAAUCUCUUGACAUUUGAAAACAAAAACUUCCAGCCCCAAAAAAUAAAAUAAAAAAUAUUGAGCUCAGAUGAACACCCAACAGUUGCCAUCAGCCCUAAAUGAAGCAGGGGAUUCUAUACAGGCAGUCCUCGACUUACGACCUCAAUCCAGCCCCAAAUUUCUGCUGCUAAGCGAGAAGGUGGGUCAGUGAGUUUUGCCUCAUUGAACAACCUUUCUUGCCACGGUCGUUCAGCGAAUCUCUGCUGUCGUUAAGUGAAUCCGGCUUCCCCACUGCCUUUUGCUCGUCGCAAAAGAUGAUCAC